CCAACCACCCUUGUAGAUCUAUAUAACUUCUACUUAAAGAACACCACCAUCUUCCCAAAUCUGCAAUCAUCAAACACAACAUAAGCUAAGCAAUGGCAAAGCCAUGGCUUUUAGCUCUCUCCAUCAUCACUUCUCUCCUCUUCUCAUCAGUAUCACCAGAUUUCAACUAUGUCCGUCCACCACCUGGAAAAAUCAUCACCUUGAAAAGCAACAAACCAGAAUCACACCCACAACAGGUACAUGUUUCAGCAGUUGGGAAUGAGUACAUGAGAGUCUCAUGGAUCACAGAUGACAAGCAUGCACCUUCAGUGGUUGACUAUGGCAAGGUCACUGGCAAAUAUGAAUGGUCAGCCACUGGUGAACAAACAAAGUAUCACUACUUCUUUUAUUCUUCCGGAUUGAUUCAUCAUGUCAAGGUUGGUCCUCUAGAGCCCAACACAAUCUACUUCUACCGAUGCGGCAAAGCCGGGGAUGAGUACACCUUCAAGACAUCCCCGGCCACUCUUCCUAUUGAGUUUGCAGUCAUUGGAGAUCUUGGACAAACGGAAUGGACUGCUUCAACUUUGGCUCAUGUUGAUAGCUCGAACUAUGACAUGUUAUUGCUUCCUGGUGAUCUUUCCUACGCCGACACUCAACAAACGUUGUGGGACUCAUUCGGCCGGUUUGUUGAGAAAUAUGCUAGCAAGAGGCCAUGGAUGGUAACUGAAGGGAACCAUGAGGUUGAGUCCUUUUUGUUUUUCAUUGAACCCUUCAAAGCAUACAAUGCAAGGUGGCUCAUGCCUUAUGAAGAGAGUGGCUCAACUUCAAAUCUCUACUAUUCCUUUGACGUAGCUGGUGGUAGUGUACAUGUUAUCAUGCUUGGUUCUUAUACUGAUUUUGACUCUAAUUCCGACCAGUACAAGUGGCUUGUGUCUGAUUUAAAGAAAGUCAACAGGGAGAGAACACCAUGGUUAAUUGUUCUACUUCAUGCACCAUGGUACAAUACUAAUUCAGCACAUCAGGGUGAAGGUGAGAGCAUGAGGCAAUCCUUGGAGUCUCUUCUUUAUGCUGCUCAUGUUGAUUUGGUCUUUGCUGGACAUGUUCAUGCUUAUGAACGCUUUACAAGGAUAUAUGACAAUAAGGCUGAUCCUUGUGGGCCUAUGUAUAUCACCAUUGGAGAUGGAGGGAAUAGAGAAGGUCUUGCGUUAGAUUUUGAGGAGGAUCACAAGUCAGUGUCACUCUCGAUGUUCAGAGAGGCAAGCUUUGGGCAUGGGCGAUUGAAGGUGUUGAAUGGGACGCAUGCACACUGGUCUUGGCACAGGAAUCAGGACUCGGAUUCCAGUGUUGCUGAUGAAAUAUGGAUUGAAAGCCUAAGCAGCGUUGAUGCUUGUAAGACUAGUGGAAAAAGCUCCUCCUCUUCAUCUUCUUUAAAUGAUGAACUUUAAUUUUUUUAUUUUUCCUCUUUAUCUUUAUUUUUAUUUUUCACCCACCUCUAGUACUCUAAUACUAGAGGAUACCUCCAUCAUCCUAACAAACAGAGGUACGGGUUUAACGUAUGGCUUGUCACAUUUCUUAGGAAAAACACUCUGAUUUAUCAUUUAUUUCAAUGUGUUUAUCAUUUUCUUUUAAA